GGAAGCUCGUUGUCCGCGGUGGAGCCAAUCUCGCCUGCUCUGGGUGGGACGGCGAACGUCCUGGACAAAAGGCCGGUUGUUUACCAGAUUGAAGGGUGGAAGUGGUCCUCCAGCCGAUGAUCACAGAACAUGACGGCUUCCCUGCUCCUGUCCCAUAAGAAUAGUGCGUUGUGUGCUUUUGCUUUUGUAACUGUAUGUUGACAUGGGCUUGGAAGGGCGCAACGAUAGAUAUAUCUCCUGCGCUUGUCUUACUCUUUGCCCACGCUUAACGACCUACGCUGGUCAAUGCUAGUAUAUGCAGUAUACAGUAUGUCCGACGCGUCGCUGCCAGGGUGCUGCUACUCCUCCUUACGGCGGUACUCCAAUCAAAAAGGCAGCACCCUCAACGGCAAACCAGAAACCAGGCGGACAGCUGCUUUGAGGAACCGUCCUCCAUGAAGACCAGGACUUCAAAGACCUCGAUAGGGUUGGGCCUCCCUCUUAUGCCGUACCAUAACUCGGGGAAGCAGGCACUCGAACGGAAGGACAGAUGUCCGGUUCGAGAAGACCUGCUCUGGAGGAUACUGGCGGAAGAAUACGAAAACGAGGGCAAUCCAAGUCUCCUAUGUCCAUGCCCGCUUCUUGCUGGACCGGAUGUCUCGCACAACUGCUCACUGUUAUUCUUCCUGGCCAGCAGGCAUACCGGGCAGGAAUUGCUGGUCGUAUGCAGGAUGUCCCAUCGCAAUUCCGUCCCGCUGGCCGACACUGCACACUUUGGGCAGACAUCCCGACUUCUCGCACAGCUCGUGCAUGCGGGCCAUGCCUCUGUUGAUAGUAGUAGUGCUUACCACGCAAUAAGGGUAGUUGCCAUCGAGCCGUAGGAUGUCCGUCACCAGACCACGACAAAUGACCAGACAAUGGAAAAACGUCGAAGAGAAACACACACGCCUGCAACACAGACAGCCAUCAGAAUGCUCAACUUUUCCUGUAUUUUCUGGCCCAGCUUCGUGAGAGUUCAUAUCUAUUCAUACAACACGCUUGACCUGCGACAACAAAUGGGUCAGCCGAUUCCCUGCCAAAAUACAAUAACUCCAUCCAAGACAGAGCUUGAAGCAUCCUCAAAGCUGCAGAUCCAAUAUCUGACAAGACCUGCGGGUACUUAUGGAAGGGGACGGCUAUUCACCUCGA